AAAAAUGAUGAAGAGCGUGCAUGUUGAUGGACGCCUCACAGGAGAAUGCUUGGUUGCCGUCCACCGUAGAUCUCUUCAAAGCAAAAGUUCCGUUACCGUAAAAAGAACGUCACUGUUGAUCUUCAGCUUCUUUUUACUCCCCCGACUUCUUGGGUCAGGUUUCAGGAGUAACGAGGCCUCGAGUUUUGGACCACCAUGAUGACCCUCCAUCCACAGCCAAACUGGACUAACACUACAAUUCGAUUUUCACUUGUCAUUGUCAUAAGUUUAUUCCUGUUCACUGGAUAGGCGCAGUCAUCUCCGAGCUCACUUGCUUUUUACUUGUGUUUGACUUGUGUUGCUUUGCUGUGGCCAAAUAGCUGCAAGUAAAGCGAAGACGGCAACGCUUCGCAAAUAAUCGCCACCAUGGUCAACACCGACACCUCUCAAGAGCAAGAAUGCCCAAAUGUGUGGGAAGACGCAUACGAAGACUGGUAUGCCUUGGAUGGCGAUGACGACGAGCAGGUCGGGUCUUCCCAAAUUCCCAAUAGCAGCAGCGCCACAAAGCGGACAAGAGACGCGGAGGCAGCUGAUCCCACGGCGCACAGCGUCUCAUCCUUUACCGAAGAACCAUGUUUCUGGUGCGAUGACUUUGAUGAUGGUGACGCAACAACCAAGACAAAGAGUACACGCGCCACCAGCUCGACAACUGCAAGCUCCCGUCUUCCUUACCCUCGAAGGAUUCCACAAAAGCACUUUCUAAGGGAGAAGCACUUGCAACGGUCAUGUUCCCACAGCUUUCUCUGGGCAGUCCAGGGCUUCUUACUCUUCAAUUUGAUUCUGGGCUUGCUCUUCAAUCCCCAGAAAGGACAUGCACCUCCCGUGCAUUAUUUCAUUCGAUGGCCACUGGAGACACCUCCACCGUUGCCGGUAGUGACACCCGCGCCGGGAAACAAUACAGGCUACCCUCUGCGCCCUCUCACUACGGAUGACUUGGGCCCCUUGCCCGGGUACACACUGGAAGCGCUCAAAGACGAAUUUAAAUCGCCCCAAAGUUUGGCGUUUCACUGGCUACAAGCUGACCACAAUUGGAACACGUACUCGGUGGGUCGCCUCCGCCAGAGGUUCGCCUUGGCAGUGCUGUAUUUCUCGACGAACCCUCCGUUCCAGCACACCUGGACUAGAACCGGGGAUUGGCUAUCUUAUGAGACUCACGAAUGCGAAUGGAUGAUGUUCAUGGUGGAUUCUGGGAAGAACCACCUGAAACCGAUGAAUCUCUGUACUGUCGAUUCUGACGAUGAUCGUCAUGUCGACGACAACGGCAGGACGAACGCCACUUCAAUCAACUACGAAGCAGUACGUCGAUUACACUUGAGCAACAACAAUCUGGUCGGACACCUGCCACCGGAAGUAGACCUGCUGUCAUCCUUGACGGAUCUUCGCGUGAAUGACAAUCGUUUGUCCGGGCAGGUUCCAGACGAAUGGGGGUUUACCCAGGAACUUCCGGAUGGUGGUGGUUUCCAGCCUCCAUUGUGGUUUCGGCUGCAUACAUUGCAUCUACAAAACAAUGACGGGUUGUUGGGCGACCUUCCCUCGAACCGGUGUUCCAUUGAUGACUUGAAAUACGACUGUGCCAAGGAUGAUGACAGGACAGGUGGCGGGCUUUGCGGGUGUGGGUGUCGUUGCUAGCUAAGAUAACUAUCAAGCGACACAGUUACUGUAGUCCUCCUCCCUGAGCAUCAUCGCGUUCAAGGUACAUGUAACAAGCCAGUUGAAAUUGAACUUUUCCCUGUUUCCCCUUGAUUGAUAAGUUAGACGUGAAAGGUCCACCUCCAAAAGGGUUGUAGGAUUCAACGACAGCACUGCUUUCACUGACAACAGCAGGUAUAGAGAAGCAUCCGCACAGUUGGUGGAUUGAAUACGAAGUGCUUUAGAAGCCCCUGCUUCGGCAAACUCCAAGGCUCCAGUAUUGGUACCUAACCAUGCCAUCAUAGACACAAAUAUCCUUCUGGCCCCAACUGUUUUAAAACUCGAAACGUCCUUGAAGGAUUGGAUGGCAAUCUGCUUUCCAGGUCCAAGCUUACAUCCAGCUUGGAGCCGACCUUCUAUGAGUUACUGCGUACUUGCCCAUCUAGCUUCAACAAGGUCCGGUGUUUAAAGGAUGAAAUGAUUCAUGGCAACAUUCGUCUGCCCACUAACGUUUGGAGGUUUGAUUAGAAACACUUCGAUAGAGAAGGACCUUUGCAUGUUAUACCAUUAUCUAUGCAAUCACAACAGAAAUCACAGGUUCCCAUCCAGGACAGAGCAAACAGGCAUUCCCUGACCAACCAGACAAGACACCAUGUGUCAUGUCAUGUCCCAGAAAACUGAGCACACCCUUGCCUUCGAACCCCCUUCGUCGCGUCGGGACAACAUACAAACUGCCCAGCGGUGGCAAGCUUAUUGUUGUUGUCGUCAUCACGUUUUCUGUCUCACGUCCUGCAUGCAUGCAUCGCAUCGCAUCGCAUCCAUCCAAAACUCAAUCUCCACUUUUGUUGUUAUGCAUCAUGUCACAAGCGUCGUUUCAUUGUUCCAAAAUUGCGGAUGCAGUUUGAUAUAGGAGAAUUCGUAGUAUUUGCCAUCACCGAAUCCAUUGACUUCCUUGCUGUACAUGGCAAAGCCAUUGCGUUUG